CUCCCACGUGCGCUCCUCCCGCUCCGGCACCGAAAGGGUUAAACCCGGCGGAUGGAUCCCUCCCGGCACAGCGCGGUGCUGCGGCCCGAGCCGGCCCUUCCCCUUUAGCCGCAGCGCCGCGCCCUCCUCUCGUCUCCCUCCGCCGACCCCCCGUUCCUUCUCUUCCUCCUCCGCCGUUAAAUAGUGCGGGCGCGGCGCCCCCCGGUCCCGAACAACGCAACGACCCCCCGGUGAAACGGGGCGGGGCCGAACCGAACCGGGACGUGGGGGGGGGGGGGACCUCGUUUUCCUUUAGAAAUGGCCGCACCGGGGACCACCUCCCGCCCCGCUCCCGGGGCCCGGUAGGGCGGCUGCCGGCCUCUCUGUAGGGACGCAGGAGGCAGAAUGGAUGAACAGAACCCGCCCAGCGAGGACAAGGACGCGGACGCGCCAGCUGGUGCGGCCGCAUCCUCGGAGGAGAUGGGGAGCGCUGAGGGGGACCCCCUGAAACCUCCAGAAGGAGCAACUGCGGGGCCGGAGCUGGAGAGCACAGACACAAAGGGACCCGAUGGGGCCAGCAGCACACCAGCCCGUCGCUGCGCCCUCUGUAACUGUGGGGACUGGAGCCCGCACGGGCAGCGGGAGCUGCAGCGCUUUGAGCCGGCACCUGAUUUAUUGGAGGGGCUGAAGGGGCAGCAGACCCCUGAGGGUCUCGGUGAGGCCCCUCCGGAGCUGGGCCCUGUGGGUGAUGAGCUGGCACAGGUUGGAUUCUCCGAGGGGGUGGCAGCGGUGCAGCUCUUUGAGCCAACAGGGCACUGCUGGGUUCACCGCUGCUGCGCAGCCUGGUCUGCCGGCGUGGAGCAGGACGCAGCGGGGCUGAGCGGUGUGGGCAGAGCUGUUUUCUCAGGGAUCUCACAGAAAUGUGAACACUGUCAGCGGUUGGGGGCCACCAUCCCAUGUCGGGCGGCCGCCUGCUCCCAUUUCUACCACUUCCCUUGUGCUGCUGCCAGUGGCUCCUUCCAAUCCAUGAAGACGCUGCGGUUGCUGUGUCCGGAGCACGUGGACCAGGCGGUGCAGAUGGAGGAUGCACGCUGCGUGGUUUGCGAUGGGCCGGGCGACCUGCAGGACCUGCUCUUCUGCACCAGCUGCGGGCAGCACUAUCAUGGCACCUGCCUGGACAUCACCCUGACACCCCGCAAACGCUCAGGGUGGCAAUGCCCGGAGUGCAAAGUGUGCCAGACCUGCAGGCAGCACGGUGAGGACUCCAUGAUGCUGGUGUGCGAGGCGUGCGAUAAGGGCUAUCACACCUUCUGCAUGGAGCCGGCCAUCGAGGGCGUCCCUGCUGACUCCUGGAAGUGCAAGAACUGCCGGGUGUGCUCAGAUUGUGGCCGACGUCCAUCAGAGCUCGACCCCGGCUGCCAAUGGCACCAGAGCUUCUCAGUGUGCGAGGGCUGCCAGCAGCAGCGUGCAGCCAAGGAAGCCGAAGGGGUGCAGGAACGAGCCCCCCAGCUGGAACCCCCUGCCCAGGCGUUGACGUCCCCUGAGCGCAGUGAGCCUGCAGAGAUCCCUGCACUGGAGCCUGAGCCUGCAGGAUGCAACGAGGAGCUACAGCAUGAGGGGGACCCCAAGGAGACACCCCAGGGCCAUGAGGAAUCUGCACCCAGCCAGGCGUCCCCUGAAGAGCCCCCCCUUGAGAAGCUGCUCCCCAAUGAGCUGCCCACCAACACGCAGCCCCCCGAUGAACCACCGCCCCACAGCGACCCCCCUCCUGAUGAACUGCUGCUCGAGAGCGCUCCCCUGGAUGAGCUGCCCCCAAAUGAAACAGCCCCCAGCGAGACCCCCCUCGAUGGCCCAUCUCUGGAUGAGCUGCCCCCCGAUGAAGCUCCCCUCAUCAAAUCACCCCCGAGCGAGGUGCCCCUGGAGAAAUCACCCCCUGAUGAGCUGCCCCUUGAGAAGCCUCCCCCCAUCAAGCCCCCCAUCAGCGAGAUUACUCUUGAUGAACUGCCCCUGGAUGAGCGGCCCCCCGAUGAGCCCCGUGUUGAUGAGAUGCCCCCCGAAAAGCCACCACUGGACGAGCAGCCCCCUGAAAAACCCCCUUUGGAUGAGCAGCCCCCCAUCGAGCUGCCGUCUGACAAGGAAUUACUUGAUGAGCAGCCCCCCGAGGAGCUGCCCCCCGAAAAGCCACUGCUGGAUGAGUUGCCCCUUGUUGAGCAGCCACCUGACGAGCCAGCCCCCAGCGAGCAGCACCUUGAUGAACUGCCUGCUAACGAAGCACCUCCUGAUGAACUGCUGCCCAAGGAGCUGCCUGUCAACGAGCUGCCGGCCCCUGAAGAGCUGCACCCUGAAGAGCUGCUCCCCUGUGAGCUGCCUGCUGAGGAGGACCCCAAACCACCAGGUCUCCUCCCUGAGGUGGCUGUGGCAGAGGAAGCCCCUGAGCUGGCCCCAGAGGUGCCCCCUGAAGAGGAGAUGGAGCUGGAACCGGAGCCAUUGCUGCCCCCCGAGAUGGCACUGCCACCCCCUGCUCCUCCAGAUCUCUGCGCCGUCUCACCUGCCCGCCCUCCAGACCCCUUGCCUCACAUCACAGAGGAUGAUGUAUCUGAGCCUCCCACCCCAGCCCUGCCUGAGCCCCCCAGGAGCCCCAGCACCGCCAUGGACACGGAGCCCCCUGGCUCCCCGCCGCCCCCUCUGGGCUCCCCUGCCUGCACCCCAGCCCCUGCUGAGCCCCCCGAGGAUGACGAGAUGGAGACGGGUGGUGGUGAGGGCGACUCAUCGAGAAGCCCCCCUGGGGAUGGCCCCCGUGCCAGCCCACCUCCAGAGCUGGGGCCCUUCCAGGGCCUGCCUGAGGAAGAGGAGGAGGAGGAAGAAGAAGCACCGAGGCUGGAACGUGAGGGCACCAGCGGGAGCUCCCCACCGCUGAGUGAGGAGGACGGGCUGGAGGAAGGGCGGGCAGGGGGGAACCCCGAAUCCAAGGGAUCCCCUCUGCUCCUGGAGCCAGAGGAGCUGGGCCUCGAGACCCCCAUGGAAGUGUGCACGGCUGGGGAGAAGCUGCUGGAACGUGGGGAUGAGGGGGGCCCAGAGCCUCCUACCCUGCGCCCUCGGCCCGAUAUCCUCAAUGAGAUCUCCAACCUGAGCCAGGGGGACACGAGCAGCAGCUUCCCUGGCUCAGAGCCGCUGCUGGGCUCGCCAGACCCUGAAGGUGGGGGCUCGCUGUCCCUGGACCUGGGGCCGGCCUCGGGUGAUGCCAGCCUGCAGAAGGAGGACGCCGGGUCGCUGCCCAUGGGUGCUGAGACCGACGACUCGCUGCUGUUUGAGCCGGCUGCCAAAGGGGACGCAGACAAGGGCCGGCGACGCAGCUCCCCGGGGCGAUCCCGAGUCAAGCAGGGUCGCAGCAGCAGCUUCCCUGGGCGGAGACGUCCCCGAGGUGGGUCCCAUGGCACCCGGGGCCGGGGCCGUGCACGCCUGAAGUCGACCACAUCGUCUGUUGACACUUUAGCGCUCGCUGAUGUGGAGAGCUCACCCAGCAAGGAGGAGGAUGAAGACGAUGACGACACGAUGCAGAACACGGUUGUCCUCUUCUCCAACACAGACAAGUUUGUGCUCAUGCAGGACAUGUGCGUGGUGUGCGGCAGCUUUGGACGCGGCGCUGAGGGGCAUCUCCUGGCGUGUUCCCAGUGCUCCCAGUGCUACCACCCCUAUUGUGUCAACAGCAAGAUCACGAAGGUGAUGCUGCUGAAGGGCUGGCGUUGCGUUGAGUGCAUUGUGUGUGAGGUGUGUGGCAAAGCCUCCGACCCAUCCCGGCUCCUGCUCUGCGACGACUGCGACAUCAGCUAUCACACCUACUGCCUGGACCCACCGCUGCAGACAGUGCCCAAAGGCGGAUGGAAGUGCAAAUGGUGUGUGUGCUGCGUGCAGUGCGGGGCGGCCUCCCCUGGCUUCCACUGUGAGUGGCAGAACAACUACACGCACUGUGCGCCCUGUGCCAGCCUUGUGGUUUGUCCCUUCUGCCGUGAGAAAUACGUGGAGGACGAUCUGCUCAUCCAGUGCCGUCACUGCGAUCGGUGGCUGCAUGCGGCGUGCGACAGCCUCUUCACCGAGGAGGAGGUGGAGCAGGCAGCGGAUGAAGGCUUUGACUGCAGCGCCUGCCAGCCCUACGUGAUCAAACCAGCAGCACCUGCGCCUGCACCAGACAUGUUGGCUAAAGCCAAAGAGCCAGAGCCCCAGUAUUUCCGCUUUGAGGGUGUCUGGCUGACGGAGACGGGCAUGGCGGUGCUGCGCAACCUCACCAUGUCCCCCCUGCACAAACGGAGGCAGCGCAAAGCCCCUCGUCUGGGUGCCCUGAAUGGGGACGGGGGGCUGGAGGGGGGCGACCCCCUGGGGCCUGAUGAUAAGAAGGAUGGCGACCUGGAUGCUGAUGAGCUGCUCAAGGCUGAAGUGAGCGUGGAGCACAUGGAGUGUGAGAUCAAGCUGGAGGCUCCAGCCAGCCCCGACCGUGACGUGGGGGUUGAUGUGGAUUCGGGGAAGGGGCUGGAGGACCCAGAUGAGUGCAAGAAGAGGAAGCGCAAACCUUACCGACCUGGCAUUGGUGGCUUCAUGGUGAGGCAGCGUAAGUCCCACACCCGCCUGAAGAAGGUCCCAGCAGUGCUGGCUGAAGUGGGACGUGAAGGGCUGAGCUCAGAGGGGCACCCAGAGGAUGGGGCUCCAGGGGACCUUCCUGCUGAGGGUGGCCUGGAUCCGAGCUCGGCUGAAGGGGAUGAGAAGAAGAAACGACGUGCACGGAAAAAGAGCAAACUGGAAGACAUGUUCCCUCCGUACCUGCAGGAGGCCUUCUUUGGGAAGGCACUGAUGGACCUGAGCAGGAAGGCGCUGCUGGCAGCAGGGGGCGUUGGGGACGGAGCUGCCCGCCCCUCCUUGGCUCAGGGUGCCCCACGGCACAAAGGGGACCCCAACGUGGCUGGGGCUCUGCAGGGAACCCCCCCGGAAAGGAGGGAGACCCCCGUUCAUCCCCGAGGGGAUGACAGCACAGACGGCAGCGCUACAGCUCUGGAUGAUGACGGCAAGGAUGACACGAAGGGCGAGGAUCUGGGGACCGAUGACCCCAAGGACUCCCCGAACCGUGGGGACGCUGAGAAACCGGCCACCCCCGGGGAGGGCGCGCUGAGCUCCGACCUUGACAAGAUCCCCACGGAGGAGCUGCCCAAGAUGGAGAGCAAAGACGUGCAGCAGCUCUUCAAGGACGUGCUGGGCUCAGCUGAACGUGGGGAGCAGCCCCUCAACUGCGUGGAGGGCAGCGGUGCAGGGCAGGACCCCGGCCGGGCCCAGCGCCCCUUCCUGCAGGGGGAGCUCCAGCUGCCAGGGCAGGGGAGCGUUUCUCUGGGCUCACUCUCUGGUUCUGUCUCCUUGGAUUCAUAUCCAGGAGUCUGCCAGUCCCCGUUCCUCGAUAACCGAGAGCGGAGCGGCUUCUUCAGCCCAGACCACUGUGAGCCCGAGAGCCCCUGGGCCAGCAGCUCAGCUGCCACCACCCCCUCCACCCCCACCACCCCCACGACAGAGGGGGAGGGCGAUGGGCUGUCGUACAACCAGCGCAGCCUGCAGCGCUGGGAGAAGGACGAGGAGCUGGGUGAGCUCUCCACCAUCUCACCUGUGCUCUACGCCAACAUGAACUUCCCCAACCUCAAGCAGGAUUAUCCAGACUGGUCGAGCCGCUGCAAGCAGAUCAUGAAGCUCUGGAGGAAAGUCCCCGCUGCGGACAAAGCUCCCUAUUUGCAAAAGGCCAAAGAUAACCGGGCGGCUCAUCGCAUCAACAAGGUGCAGAAGCAGGCCGAGAGCCAGAUCAACAAGCAGACCAAAGGGGAGGGACUGCGCAAACCGGAGAGACCCUCGCUGCAUCUGCGGAUCCCGGUGCCUCCAGGGACGCAGCCCGUCUACAUCAGCAGCCCCCCCGCUGCAGGCGAGGGCUUCCUGAAGCCGGGUGCUGGAGGGGGGGGGCCGGAGUCUCCCAGCGAGCUCUUCCUCAAACUCCCACCCCAGUCCCCUGCCCAAGUGCCUUCGCACGACCCCUAUGGUGCUGCGCCCUCCUACACGCUGGAACCCCGCUUUUCUUCCCCCCUGGGACAGAGCCCCACUUCAGGUGCUGCCUUCCAGCCCUUCCCCAGCCAACCCUUGGCUGGUCCCCGCUCCAUCCCUGGCUCCCAAUCCUCUGAUUUCCACCCCACUCCUCCUGGUACCCCCCGGCACCAACCUGGGACGCCUGACCCCUUCCUGAAGCCUCGUUGUCCCUCUUUGGACAACCUCUCAGUGCCGGGCAGCCCCGGCGCCCGCCCUUCCGAAGCUUUGCUCUCUCCCCUUCCUUUUGGGGAGCAGAAGAAGGGCCUCGAGGUGAAGAAAGAGGAAGGGGGGAGCCUGGGGGUCUGCUCGCCCAGUUAUACGCCCACUAUGGGCUAUGGGGACUCCCCGGGCGGCCCUCACCUCUCCACUGCAGAGCUGAAGGCCGCCGAUGUCUUCAAAGCCCCCAUGACCCCUCGGGUCUCUCAGGUAGAGCCUCAGAGCCCAGGGCUGGGGCACCGACCCCCCGACCCCCAUCCCUUGGCCCCCUCGCCCCCCAGUCACCCUGAUCUGUACCGCCAGUCUCCCUACCCCGACCCCUACACGCAGCCCCCGCUCACCCCCCGGCCGCAGCCCCCUCCUGAUGCCUGCUGCUCCCUCCCACCCCGCUCGCUGCCCUCGGAGCCCUUUACCCGUGUCCCUGCCAGCCCCCAGUCCCAAUCCAGCUCCCAGUCCCCGCUCACCCCCCGGCCCCUCUCUAACGAAGCUUUCUGUCAAUCACCCGUCACUCCCCGUUUCCAGUCCCCGGAUCCCUAUUCCCAGCCACCUUCCCGGCCUCAAUCUCGGGACCCUUUCACCCCUUUGCACAAACCCCCUCGGCCCCAGAUGCCGGAGCCAGGCUUCAAGCCAGGACCGCUGUCCCACAGCCCGGCGGCCACCGGUGGCUUUGGGGGCACCCUGGCAGGUGAGCCCCACACCAAGGCACCGGGUGGGCAGCAGCCCCCCUUCACCCGCUCCCCUGGUGCCAGCGUCUUCCCAGGCAGCCAACCCCCCAUGCGCUUUACCUUCCCCCCAUCCGUCUCUGAGCCGCUCAAGGGCUCCCCAUCCCACCAACCCCAUGGGAUCAACAGCCAUUUUGUACCUGGUAAACCCCAGAGCUCAGCCUACACCUCGUCCCCUGCUUUCCACCAAGCCAGCAGCCCGCUGGGCACCGGGGCUUCCGACCCCUCUUACAGCCUCUCACCCCUCCGGCCGCCGUCGGUGCUGCCCCAGCAGCCCCCCAGUGCCCCCCAACAGCCGGAUGCCAGCAUUGCCUUCCUGCCCCGACCUGCAGUGGGGGCUGAUAAAAGGGAGGAAUCGGCUGCGGGGCUCUCAGCACCCCCAAACCGUGACCUGGCCGAGCUGCCUGGUGGGCAGGAUGGGGCCGUGGGCACCAUGAGCCAGUCAGAACUGGAGAAGCAGAGGCAGCGCCAGCGGCUCCGUGAGCUGCUCAUCCGUCAGCAGAUCCAACGCAACAACCUGCGGCAGGAGAAGGAGAGCGCAGCAGCAGCGGCCACAGCAUCCCCGUCAGCCUGGGCUCCUGAUUCCAGCAGCCAACCCUAUGAGCUGAGCCGCAGCAUGGCCACCUACCAACAGCCACAGGAUAAGAGUCUCCUGGGGACGCUGGCCACUGCAGCCAGCAGUGGGAAGCUGCCUGGCUCUGUUAUGGUGCAGACAGCCUCGUUUGUGCAGGAUGAGCGGCUCUCCCGGCCCCCACCAGCUGCCACGCCGGCUGCAAUGGACAUCAAUGGGAGGGCUGCAGUUGGGCCCCCCCAGGCCUUCUACCCCCGUGGAGUCUUCCCAGCGCUGUCCCCUCAGCAGCACCUCUGGCAGCAGCAGCAGGCAGCCCUACGUCUCCCCGUCGCCUCCCGUUUCGCUCCCCCAGCUGCCAGCACCCCCGUGGGCAGCCUGGGCACCCGCCUCCCAGCACCCGCCGAGCCGGUCCCUGCAUCCCCCAGCACCCUGGGUGCACCCUUCAUCGAGCUGCGACACAACAUGCAGAAGGGACCCGGUGGGAUCGUGGGUUCCCCCUUCACCCCCCAACCCCCUCGGCCUCGUUUUUUCCUGCCCGGUGAGGAGGGCACCCCACAGCCCCUCUGUGCCCCGGUGGUGCCCAUGCAGGCUCUCCCUACCCCAGCACUGCAGCCCCAAAAGAUGCCGGUGGUUCCGCUGCCGCCCGCGUCUCCGCAGGGCACCGAGGUGAGCAACAGCCACCACCAGCUGCACAGCAAAGCGGUGCCCCCCGCCCAGCUGCCCACCCCUGCCCUGGAUCUGCAGCACGUCCCCCCACGCCCGCUGUCUUCUGGCUCCUCUCUGCGCCCCGAUGGCACCAAGGACGGUGCUGCUCCGGCUCCAGCCCCUGGGAAAAGCCACCUGAGCCUGGAGGGUGGGCGGCUGCCCUGCGAGGUGCCGGUGGAGCCCGACUUGGAUGAUGACUUUGGCUCCCACAAGGACUUGGAAGACGAUGAUGAUUUGGCGAACCUGAGCCUGGAUCCGGACGUGGCCAAAGGGGACGAUGAUUUGGGUAACCUGGACAGCUUGGAGACGGCGGAUCCUCACCUGGACGACCUGCUGAAUGGUGACGAGUUCGACCUGCUGGCUUACACUGACCCCGAGCUGGACACUGGGGACAAGAAGGACAUCUUCAACGAGCACCUCCGCCUGGUCGAGUCGGCCAACGAGAAGGCAGAGCGUGAGGCACAGCUCAAGACGGAGCCAUCGGGACCCAGCUUGAAGCUCCCUGACCCCGGGGAUGGCAAAGAUGCAGCACCGACAGCGGAGGAACACGAUGUGCCCAAAGAGGGGCUGGUGCCCGGCACCGCGCUGCCCCCAGACCCGUCCUUCAAGGCACAAACUAUGGAGGCGAAGGCGGCCGCGCUGCCCACCGAUGUCAAACCCAAACUGGAGGAUGGAUGUCUGAAGACCUCGCCUUGUCAAUUCACUGCUGGCAGCUCCGAGCGGCUCCCUGUCAAAUCAGAGGCUUUGCAGGGCACGGAUAAGAUCUCUGCGUCUCUGGGGCUGAGCCUCAAACCCAGCCAGACCCUCCUGAGCCCCAAUGCUGGCCCCGCUCGACUCGGCUUGACUCAUUUCCCAAACAGCGGCUCCACGCUGGAGAAAGACCCCUAUGUCAGCGCCGGGCGUGGGCUGCCCCCUGCCCAGCUGGGCAGCCAGAACAACCCCUUGUUGGAGAAGUUUGAGCUGGACAGUGGGGCGCUGGGGCUGGGCAGCACGCGGCACUCGCCUGCGGAUGAGCUGGACAAGAUGGAGAGUUCCCUGGUGGCCAGCGAGCUGCCCCUGCUCAUCGAGGACCUCCUGGAGCACGAGAAGAAGGAGCUGCAGAAGAAGCAGCAGAUGUCGGCCCACCUGCCGCGGGGUACCCCCCAACUCCCCACCCCGGGGCACCCCAUGCUGCACGCGGCCACGCAGCCAUUGGAUGCACAGCCACCCCGCAUGGGCACCCCGCAGCCCCCCCUGCAGCUGGGGCUGGUGGCCAGACCUCAGUUAAUGCCACCGCAGCCCCCUCGGCUUGGGACCCCCCAGCAGGGCCCGGCUCUGGGCCCCCAUAUGGGCAUGGCCACCGGGCAGCCCCACGUCCUGGCUGCCCCCCAUGGUGUGCAGGUGGCCCUGGCGCAGCCGCAGCAGAGCCAGCAGCAGGUGCUGGUGCAGAAGCCAAUGGCCGGGGUGCAGCCGCCCAACCUGGGUCUGAAGCCCCCCCAGCUUGUCAUGCAGCAGCAGUUGGCCAACAGCUUCUUCCCAGACACAGACCUGGACAAAUUUGCUGCUGAGGACAUCAUGGACCCCAUUGCCAAAGCCAAGAUGGUGGCACUGAAGGGCAUCAAGAAGGUGAUGGCCCAGGGCAGCAUUGGGGUGGCCCCAGGGAUGAACAGGCAACAGGUUUCCCUGCUGGCCCAGCGGCUCUCGGGAGGCCCGGCUGUCUCAGAGAUGCAGAACCACAUGCUGGCAGGGAGCGGGCAGGAACGGAGUGGCACUGACCCAGCCCAGGCCCGCCCCAACCCUCCCACCUUCGCUCAAGGUGUUAUCAACGAGGCCGACCAGCGUCAGUACGAGGAGUGGCUGUUCCACACUCAGCAGCUCCUGCAGAUGCAGCUGAAGGUGCUGGAGGAGCAGAUCGGGGCGCACCGCAAGUCUCGCAAAGCUCUCUGCGCCAAGCAACGCACGGCCAAGAAAGCAGGACGGGAGUUCCCAGAGGCUGAUGCAGAGAAACUGAAGCUGGUUACGGAGCAGCAGAGCAAGAUCCAGAAGCAGCUGGACCAGGUGCGGAAGCAGCAGAAGGAGCACACCAACCUGAUGGCUGAGUAUCGCAACAAGCAGCAGCAGCACCAGCACCAAGCAUCAGCCGUCAUGGCCCUGAGCCCCUCGCAGAGCCCCCGCCUCAUGUCCAAGCUCCCCGGGCAGCUCCUCUCUGCUCACGGCAUCCAGCAGCCUGCAGGGACCGUGGUGGGGGCCCAAGGGCUCGGCCAGCAGCCGGGGCAGCCUGGGGGGCUGCGGCUGCCGCAGGGUGGUGUAUCCAUGGCCGUGCAGCAGGGACUGUCCUUCAUGGGCCAGCAGGCAGUGGGCAACGCGCCGGUGCCCGGCACAUCCAAUGCUUUCUUCUCUGGGAACCCUGCGCUGCGUGGGCUGAGCGCAGACAGCCGUCUGAUGCAGGAGAGGCAGCUGCAGAGGAUGCAGCUGGCCCAGAAACUGCAGCAGCAGCAGCAGAACAUGCUGGGGCAGGUGUCGCUGCAGCAGCAGCAGCAAGGUGUUAUGGGCCAGGCACCCAUGCAGCAAGCUGGGGUGAUGGGACAGGCUUCAAUGCAGCAGCAGGGCGUCAUGGCACAGGCGUCGAUGCAGCAACAGGGCUUGAUGGGACAAGCACCGAUGCAGCAGCAGGGUGUGAUGGCACAGGCGUCGAUGCAGCAGCAACAGGGCAUGAUGGGGCAAGCAGCAAUGCAGCAGCAGCAAGGCAUCAUGGCACAGACGAUGCAGCAGCCUGGCGUCAUGGGACAAGCAUCCAUGCAGCAGCAAGGUGUCAUGGGGCAAGCAGCAAUGCAGCAGCCAGGUAUUUUGGCACAGAGCUCGAUGCAGCAGCAGCAGGGAGUGAUGGCACAGGCCUCCAUGCAGCAGCCCGGCAUGAUGGCGCAGACAUCGAUGCAGCAGCCUGGCGUUAUGGGGCAAGCAUCCAUGCAGCAGCAAGGGAUCAUGGCACAGACAUCAAUGCAGCAGCCUGGUGUUAUGGCGCAGGCCUCCAUGCAGCAAGCAGGGGUCAUGGGACAAAGCUCCAUGCAGCAGCAGCAGCAGCAGGGUGUCAUGGCACAGACCUCGAUGCAGCAGCCGGGCAUCCUUGGACAAGGCUCCAUGCAACAGGCAGCCAUGGUAGGGCAGCCCAACUUGCUGGGGCAGCAGCAGCCAGCAGCCACCCCACAAGCAGGAGCUAUGGGGCAGCCCAUGGUGCCCAAGCAGCCGGGGCUGAUGGGCAGCCAGCAGAGCCUGCUGGUGCAGCAGCUUUCCCCCCAGCAGCAGCAGCAGCAGCAGCAGUCGGGUUUGCUGGGCCAUGCAGCAGGGCUGCAGCACCAGGCAGUGCUGGGUCACCCCGCACCCCAGCGGCAGGUCCUGCUGGCCCCCCACCAGCAGCGGGUGCUGGGUUCGCCGCAGACUCCGGGGAUGCUGAGCCACCGACUCGUGCUGUCCCAGCAGUUGGGGCAGCCCCGGGCACUGCUGGCCCCACAGCAGCAGAAUUCAGGGGCAGCAGCCCAGCAGGGCCUGGUGGGGCUGGGCCAGGGGCAGCCCCCCAUCCAGCACUUUCAGCAGCACGGGGCGAUGGGCCAGACCCCCCCCUCCGUGCUGCACAUGAGUCAGGGAAUGCAGUCGGCCCCGGCUGUCCUGGCUGCCAAGGAGCAGCCUGGAGGAGCAGAGGGUGGCACUCUGCCUGCAGAGGGCAGCGAGAGCGGGGGGCAGCUGCACGGAGGGGAGCAGCAGGGACCCCCCAACCCCGCUGGGCUGGGUGAGCCCCAAGCCCCCAAACAUCAGGCUGAGCUGGGGCAAGGGCAGCAGCUCCUCUUGGGCUCCCCUCAGCCGGGGGUCCUGGGUUCCGUGCCCACCCAGCCGGGGCUGCGGGCAGCUGCUGCGCCGGGGUCCCUGCUUGCCCCACCGCAAAGCCCCGGGGCCACUCGCCCUGAGCCACAUGGGGACACCACGGGGGCUGCGGAGCCGGGUAAGGGGCCGGUGGGCACCCAGCAGGGCCAACCACAGCCCCCACGGCUCCAGAGCCCCAAAGCGGGGCCGGUAUCGCAGCCAGGCAGUGCCAGCACAUUGUCCCCAGGGCUGGGGCAGGUCCCGGGGCCGCUGAUGGGUCAGAUCAGGGCUCAGCUCCAAGGGGUCCUGGCCAAGAACCCGCAGCUGCGGCACCUGACCCCGCAGCAGCAGCAGCAGCUCCAGGCCCUUUUGGUGCAGCGGCACCAGCAGAACCUCCUGCAGCAGAGCCAGGCGCUCCGGCAGCCCGGCCCCUUCCCUGGGCAGCCCCCAGAGCACGGUCCCCAGGUGCGUCAGCCCCCCCGCCCGCUGGGACCCCUCUUCCAGGCCCGGGCGGGGGUCCCGGCGGAGGAGCAGGGGGCACGAGGGCAGCCCCCCACCCCGCAGCAGCCCCUGGCUGAGCUGGUGCAAGCAGCCCUGGCUGCACGUGGUCCCCAGCCUGGCCUCGUUCAGCUCCCCACACCCCCAGCCCCCUCGUCCCUGGGUGUGGGCUGUGCCCCCCAGCAGCUGGCCAGCCCCGAGCAGAGCCCCCAAGAGCCAAAGAAGACGUCACCGGGGGUCCCGGCCUCAGCCCCCAGCCCGGCAGAGCAGGGGCUGGCACCCAAUGCAGCACGCUGGGACCCUGAGGUGCCCGGUGCAGACGCAGCCGACCCCGGUGAGACCCACAUCAAUGGGGCUGAGCCCCCCCAGGUGCUGGUGAAGCAGGAGCUGAAGGAGGAGGCGGCGGCGGCGGUGCAAUGUGAGACGGAUGGGGAUGAAGCAGCCAAACCUGAGGCCAACGGGGAGAAUGGGGCUGCCCAGGGCAGCAGCCCAAUGGUGCCAGGCAGCCGCUCUGAGGCCGGGCACCUCCUGCUGCAGAAGCUGCUGCGGGCCAAGAACGUGCAGCUGUCAGCACAGUGCCCAGGGGAGCUGAAUGGGCACAUGGAGAACCGGGGCACCGCCAUGGAGCCACGGCCACAACCGGUGCUGCUGGGCCGGGAGGACCCCUCCAUUGCCCGCAAGCCGGUGGCUGCCAAACCCAAGCGGGUGCAGAAGGGCAACGAGAGGGUCCCAGCUUCACGCAAGAAGCUGCGCAAGGACGAGGGGCUGCGGCCUGGGGAGGCUCUAAUGAAGCUGAAACAGGAGCUCUCUCUGCUGCCUCUGACUGAACCAACCAUCACAGCCAACUUCAGCCUCUUCGCUCCCUUUGGCAGCAGCCCCAUCAAUGGGAAGAGCCAGCUACGAGGCGCCUUCGGCAGCGCCGUGCUGGACAGCGUGCCCGAUUACUACUCCCAGCUGCUCACCAAGAACAACCUCAGCAAUCCACCCACGCCGCCCUCCUCGCUGCCCCCCACGCCACCCCCCUCCGUGCAGCAGAAGAUGGUGAAUGGAGUCACGGCUGCUGAGGAGUUGGGUGAGCAGCACAAGGACGCAGAGUCGGCCCGGGAACCCCAGAAAGACACGCCAGCCGUGGAGGUGAAGAGCCUGGACCUGCUGGCAGCUCUUCCCACCCCUCCGCACAACCAGACCGAGGAUGUCAGGAUGGAGAGCGACGACGACAGCGAUUCCCCUGACAGCAUCGUCCCUGCCUCGUCCCCUGAGAGCGUGUUGGGUGAGGAGCUGCUGCGCUUCCCCCUGCUCAGCGAGGCCAAACCGGAGCUGGAGGAGCGUGUGCUGUCCCCCAUCAUCCCCAUCAUUCCCCGGGCCAGCAUCCCAGGUGGGCAUGGACUGAGCAGGAGGGGGGAUGUUGCAGGGAUGCUGGGUGGCAAGGAGAAGGUGGUGCUGGCCGGGAAGGUGCCUGAGAGCAGCUCUGAGUGGCUGAAGCAGUUUGAUGCGGUGCUGCCAGGGUACAGCCUGAAGGGAGAGCUGGACCUCCUGACGUUGCUCCGACAGGAGAGCCCCGUGCCCGAGAAGACCCUGCACCACGGCUACGUCAACAACGUCUCCAACCUGGACGUGCGGCAGCUCUCCGUUAUGCCCCAGGAGCCCUCGCCCCCCAUGUCCCCCUCCGUCCCCUCCCCAUCCACCCCCACUGAGGCCGCCAGGGUCCCCGACCCCGAGGCGGCCCACGAAGCCCCCCCCGCCCCCUCCUCGCCGCUGCCCCCUGCACCUUCUCCGGCUCCAAGGGAGGAGGGCACUGCAGCCCCCCACUCUCCACCCCGUUUCAAGCCCCGCUCGCGGCCUCCGGAGGACGGAGACGAAGCUCGACCCCGACUCAAGAAAUGGAAGGGGGUGAGAUGGAAACGGCUGCGGUUCCUGGUGACCAUCCAGAAAGGGGGGGCCAAGAGGGACGGAGACAAAGAGAUCGCAGAGUUCAUUGAUAAAUUGGGCACCACGCUGCGCCCCGAGAAGGUGCCGCGGGAUCUACGCAAGUGCUGCUUCUGCCACGAGGAGGGAGACGGGGCCACGGACGGCCCUGCCCGGCUCCUCAACCUGGACCUGGACCUUUGGGUCCAUUUGAACUGUGCUCUUUGGUCUACAGAAGUCUACGAGACACAAGGAGGGGCCCUGAUCAAUGUAGAGGUGGCGCUGCACCGCGGGCUGCUCACCAAGUGCUCCCUGUGCCAGAAAACAGGAGCCACCAACAGCUGCAACCGCAUCCGCUGCCCCAGCGUCUACCACUUCGCCUGCGCCAUCAGAGCCAAGUGCAUGUUUUUUAAAGACAAGACCAUGCUUUGCCCCAUGCACAAACCAAAGGGAACUCACGAGCAAGAACUCAGCACCUUCACCGUCUUCCGUCGCGUCUACAUCGAGCGGGACGAGGUGAAGCAGAUCGCCAGCAUCAUCCAGCGAGGAGAACGGCUGCACAUGUUCCGGGUGGGAGGGUUGGUUUUCCACGCCAUAGGGCAGCUCCUGCCCCAUCAGAUGGCUGAUUUCCACAGCGUCACGGCCCUUUACCCGGUGGGUUACGAGGCCACUCGUAUCUAUUGGAGUCUCCGCACCAACAACCGCCGCUGCUGCUACCGCUGCACCAUCUGCGAGAACAACGGGAGGCCCGAGUUUGUGGUGCAGGUCAUCGAGCAGGGCCUGGAGGAUUUGGUGUUCUCCGACUCCUCGCCGCAGGCUGUGUGGAAUCGGAUCAUCGAGCCGGUGGCCAUGAUGAGGAAGGAGGCCGACAUGCUGAGGCUCUUCCCCGAGUACCUGAAGGGCGAGGAGCUCUUUGGGCUCACGGUGCACGCGGUGCUGCGCAUCGCCGAGUCGCUGCCUGGUGUGGAGAGCUGCCAGAAUUACCUGUUCCGUUACGGCCGCCAUCCGCUGAUGGAGCUGCCAUUGAUGAUCAACCCCACCGGCUGCGCCCGCGCGGAGCCCAAGAUCCUCACCCACUACAAACGGCCGCACACCCUGAACAGCACAAGCAUGUCCAAGGCUUAUCAGAGCACCUUCACUGGAGAAACCAACACGCCGUACAGCAAACAGUUUGUGCACUCCAAGUCCUCCCAGUACCGGCGUCUGAAGACGGAGUGGAAGAACAACGUGUACCUGGCACGGUCCCGAAUCCAAGGCCUGGGGCUCUACGCUGCCAAGGACAUAGAGAAGCACACCAUGGUCAUCGAGUACAUCGGCACCAUCAUCCGCAACGAGGUGGCCAACAGGAGGGAGAAGAUCUACGAGGAGCAGGUGGGGGUCUGGGGGGGCAUAAAGGGUCCUGGCUGGGGUGGGUGA